ACGGUGAGUUUAGAAGGAGAUGAAGGCUCCAGUGUUGUCCAAAACUUCCUGUUUGGAUGAGAAAUCAGAGUUCAGCUCUUUCACCACUUUGCAGCACGUUUGACACCAAACUCGAGUUUAGAAACAAAACUGUCAGAGGGAUUAAGAAAUUAGCCAAGUGAUUUCUAACUGGACAAAAUCCAAGGACUCUGCAAAAUGCAAUUUUUUCUGCAGUUCAGUGUGGGUUUAAACCCGUGAAAUUAGAAUAAGUACCACAGUCAGCUUUAAGGAUGCCAUGCUGCAGCAAGAGGAGCUCGCAGUUGAUACCGUGGACUAAAGUUUGAUUCACUUUAAGGAGCACAGAGCACCUCAGAACCUCCAGUCUUCAGAUAUUGGCUUUGAAAGCGGCGCAGCCAAACACAUUUUCUAAAAGUCACCUCAAGACCGUUUCUCCCGUCGUCUCCUGGCCGUGCGUAAACACCGCGCGCAGCGCGUCCUGGCGCACUGUAACCGGGAAAUGCUUCCAGUCUCUGGCGUGUCCCUGCUGGUGUUGCGGGUCGGUGCUGAGCAGGAGAGGCGUCUCUGCAGCAGGGUCUGGACGAAAGAGCGUCCUUUAAAGCUCGGGCAGCAUCAAGCAGUGAGAUCACUGGCGUUAUAAAUAUCUCCGUGCCAGCCGAAACACUGCAGCUCCUGCAUGCCCACGAGCGCCGCGCGUCCUCAGGAGCUGCACAAAAUGCGCCAAGUGGGCUAGAGGGUCGUCUUUGUCGGAAGAUGAAUGUUGUUUUAUUUCUCCUGAUCGCUGCGCUCUCGAUCUGUGGAGGAGAGGACCUCUUGGAGGAGCGAGUCCGCUCAGGGCGCAGGACCUGCCGGCUGUACUGCAGGGUCGGCAUCGGCUUCCAUCUGCAGAUCCAUCCCGACGGCAGAGUGAACGGCAGCCAUGAGCCCAACCACCUGAGUGUCCUGCAGCUCGUUGCCAUUUCCCAGGGGGUCAUCGGUAUCAAAGGAGUCUACAGUAACAGAUUCCUGGCCAUGAAUAAGAGAGGAUGGCUGCACGCCACGGAAUGGUUCUCGGAUGACUGCAAGUUCAGAGAGCGUUUCCAGGAGAAUAGCUACAACACGUACGCCUCUGUGGUACACAGGAACCACAAGACCGGCCGCGAAUGGUUUGUGGCCCUCAACAAGAGAGGGAAGGCAAAAAUGGGCUCCAGCCCUCGAGUCAAAUCCCAACACAUCUCCACUCACUUCUUACCCAGGAUCAGCCUUCAUGACGAUCAGAUCGGCUUCUCGAUCACAGACAGGAGCAAAGAAAGGAGGAAAGCUCUCCCUAAAGCGCCACAGGCCAAGUCAGUCCGAGCCGGAACGGCUACGGGACGCACACAGGUCAAGUACUGGCCCAAGUACAGAUUUGGAUAGUUGUGUGGAUGAACGGACAAUAAUGCUGCAUUGUCAGUCAGAUCACUGUAAGGAUCUGUCAACAGGUUGGCAAAUACUGAGUUUUAGUGGUUAAAAUAACUGGGUCUGUGAUCUGCCCUGGAGAACUCUGAACCUACUUGGUGUCAGUGAUGGUGAGCUUGUUCUGGCCCAAUCUGACAGAAUCCGGCUGAGGCUAAUGCAGCUAACAUACACUGACAAACAGAUGGAUCUAUGCCACGUUUUCAUUUGGAGAAACAUAAUCAACAUAAAAAUGAUAAAGCCUCAGCCACAACUGCCCUCACGGGUGGAUCGGGGCUGUCUGCGGGGCAAAUGGCCCCUGUACGGGGCAAGCAGGAAACACCCAGGUGGUAGAGUGCUCCAUGAGCCCUCACAGAGAUCAUGAUCAUGCACAUUUGUUUCUAUGAAUUAUGGUAAACACUCAUGCAACACAUAAGGGUGAAGUAUGUGAGGCACAGAAAUUGUUUUAACCCCCCCCCCCCCAAUCCUGGGACCCGGUGAUGAGUAAAAGCUCCUCACAGUGCAGUCACAUUUGUAGAAAUUCGGCGGACAAUCAGUUGUGUGGACACCCUAUGGGCGUUACUAAUGACCAGAGCGUGACACAAGGACGCCGUACGAAAGCAUCACCCCUACAUCAUAAGCAUGUCACUUACUUUCUCCUUUGAAUACUUCAUUAAACACGCAUUAAACCACACGCGUGAUGAUGGUACGUUCCAUUUUCCUGGCGUUCCCUGAGGUGGCCGUACGAGCCUCGAGAGAAGUGCAAGACACACCUGUGCUCCCCUAAAGAUGCAGCUGCUCGUCUCCACGACCCGAACAGCCAGCAGCACGAGUUGACACCUGUGCAGGUGCAUGAGACCAAGGCUUAAGAUGGAAACAUCUGGGUGAAUACUCCAUUCUCAUUGGCUGCUGGGUGGGGAUUAAAAAGUGAUAACGCACACCUAAAAAAGCAUCAAUGUUGUGCAUCACUGCGCCAGCUUCUUUAAAGCAAACUUUAUCUUCAUCAUCUGGACAAAAACAAGCGGUUAGAGGAGAACUUUCUCUCUGAUCUGAUGCUUUAUCUAUCACAUCAUCAGCAUAGAUAUCACUUUCCUUUGCCCCUUUGGCUCAGCUGUUACCAUGACAACGCGUCACCACAUAUCAAAUAGUCCGCUUUUUGUGAAAAAGAGAUUUAAACUGAAUAAAUAGCAAGAAUAAAGAACUAAAAACUGACUGAAUAUGUUUUUCUUUUAUAAGUGACUAUGGUAUAAGAGGAACAACAGCCUUUGAGGUUAUCAGAAAUGAUUUGACUUCGCAGAAGCAACCUUCCAACGCAGGCUUCCACGGCGUGCCAUCAUUACUGAUAAUGGUCACCUCGUCUGGAAUUAUCCCAACUUAUUUUCAUAUCUUUGCUCUGUCUUCAGAACCAGCCUGAAUCCUGAAACACGUGUUAGGUUUUUGUUCAGAAGUGUUGCUCCAAAGUCGCCCUCAGCGACCUUUAAUGGUGGACUGGGAAGGAUGCCGUGCACAUCUACCGUGCACAUUUACCAUGCACAUCUACCGUGCACAUCUACCGUGCACAUCUACUGUGCACAUUUACCAUGCACAUCUACCGUGCACAUCUACCGUGCACAUCUACUGUGCACAUUUACCAUGCACAUCUACCGUGCACAUCUACCGUGCACAUCUACUGUGCACAUUUACCAUGCACAUCUGCUUUGGUUUGAGCAGCGAAAGGUUUUGCUGAACCACAAAAUGUUCAGUUCACGCAGGAGUUUCAUGGAAGUUAGCAGUUUCAUCUUUGUUUCCAGUUAGUAACGUUAAAGGAGGAAAUAUUUUCAGCAGA